CACGUUUACCUUUCGCCAUCCAUUCCCACUCCUUGGGACCAAGUUGAAUCCUUCUCAGCCCGGAAAAGAAUGGUCCUUGCGGUGAACAACAUUUUGCAUUUUGGAAGAUCCAGGCAUAUCACCGUCAUGACUGAUUCAUGAUGUCUCCGCCAUUGCACCGUCGCUCCUGGCGCCAAUCAAGGGCGUCGGUACUAAUCUUCGCGGCGGCCUUUUUCUCCGCAGGCUUCAUAGUGUUUUUCUACUCCAGGCCUAGCCAGGUCGCUCCAAUCUCGGAUCUCGAUUCCAGUCACUCGCUAGCACCUUCCCUCGAUGACACCAAUCCCUGCUAUGUGGAUCUCGAUCGUCUCCGACAGUACUCCAACACCACGGUAGAAUAUGCCAGGUUAGAGAUAGCCGUCGCACCAACGGAGAAUUUCACUGGCUAUACAGACACCCUUGGUGCGCGAUUCCCGAAGUUUAGCACCGUGCGGUUAGACACGGAAGAGCAUCGACAAGGUCUGCCGCCGGACAGAUGUACUCCCUCCGUGACGAUUGAGGGCCCCAUGCCCAGUGCCCAACCAGAUGCAUCGCAUAUCAUAUUCGGCAUCGCAACAUCCGUUGAUAGAUUAAUCGACUCCCUAGAUGCCUUUGCGCAUUGGGCUGCGGGUAGCAAUGCCCGGAUUCUGGCUGUGAUUGAUAGCGGAGGUCCAGGGAAGAAGGAGGCUCAGAAGCGGGCGGAGGCGCUCGGGAUCCGUCUUACUAUCCUUGAAGAGGAGGAUGAGCGCUUGGAUCGAUAUUUUUAUCUGAUUCGAUACCUGUAUAAGAACAAAGAUAAGUCCACUCAGUGGGUGGUUAUGAUGGACGAUGAUACGUUCUUCCCAUCGAUGACGAGGCUAGUGGAUCGGCUGGCCACCUAUGAUGCCAACAAGCCCCAGUACAUCGGGGCUGUGACCGAGGACUUGCAACAGCUGUACAGCAGCGGCUAUAUGGCGUACGGUGGCGCUGGGAUCUUCCUCUCUAUCCCGCUCCUCACGGAGCUCCAGCCUUGGUUUGAUGAAUGCUACGCCUUCAAAUCGGGCGGCGACCGCAUGCUUUCGCAGUGUAUUUACGCACAUACAAAUACCAAGCUCUCCUGGGAGCGUGACCUCUUCCAGCUAGACCUGCGUGGCGAUGCAUCUGGAUUUUACGAGGCUGGGCGGGCCCAACCGCUCUCUGUGCAUCACUGGAAGUCUUGGUUCCAGGCCGAUAUGGUGGCUCUCAGCAAGGCGGCCAGCAUCUGCGGUGAUGAAUGUUUGCUUCAUCGGUGGCUCUUGCCAGACGAAUGGUACCUCGUCAAUGGGUUCUCUGUGAUCAAAUACUCGACCAUAUCAGACGACCCCCUGGCCAUGGAGCAGACCUGGAACGCAAGCAAGUAUACCGGUCCGGACCCCUUUACCUUCAGUUUGGGGCCGCUACGACGCAAGGACGAAAAAAAGAUAUCUUUCCGAUUGAAGGAUGCGGUUCAAGAGAAAGCAAGAGUGCGGCAGAUUUAUGUGCAUGAGGUGGAACCUGAGAAACCCGAGGUGUUAGAGGUGGUUUGGAACAUUGCAGCAUGAGGUGGCUACCAUUUGGGAGCCGAUACUCCGUAAAUAUGGGCGAUGUAUAUUAGUAGUAUGUACUCCACGUUCCUUCUUUGUCCCUUCAACUGCCCUAUUCAUUUUAUGCAUUGUCCCAGCCUCCCGGUGUGUGUCCUGCAAAGUGAACAAUGGCGAUUGGCAGGACUUUUUAAACACAGGAUAAACUCAGUCUCAGCACCCACUUGGAAAUUUGUAAAUUGUAUUGAGGGUUCCAACUCAAUGGUGGGAUUCGGCUGGUCCAGUCUUUUCGCACUUGGAGUGAUGACGGACGGAGACG